AGUGCGCGAACUCUCUGUCAGUCAGUCUACACAGCCGAACAGGAGUCCGUGUCGGCUUUAACCAAAGGUGCGAGCAGAAGCACGGAAGCAGCGAUGACUGACGAACCGAUUCGCUCGGCUAUGGACAGCGUGUCGACCGAGGACACCUCGCUGGUCCUGCCGUCCGACAAGAAACAGCACACGGGACAGCAGCGCGUGCUGGAGCAGGUGAAAAGCAUCAAGAGGAGCAAGUCGAAGAUGGUCAAGAGUGGCUCCCUUCCGUCGCCUUCAACUCCGUCUCCAGCGACAGAGUUCAGCGAGCCUAAAUUCCAGUUCUCGCCUGGAAAACUGAACGGCACGUCCUUCAAAUUCAGCGAAUCCAGCAUGAUGACAAGCCAGCGAGCGACUGGUCGCAGCUUGUCUUUGCGCAAAUCGGUGAGAAGCCAGAACCAGAGGGAGUCUCUGAGGAGCUUGACUGUGAAGUCCCAAUCCAAUGGGAUGAAGGCCAGUGGGAACGGCUUUGGUGGCAGAAAUACCCAGAAGUCCAUGAGGUCUUCUACUGUGCGCUAUAACCGCACAAGUGUACAAUCCAUGAUGCGGGAGAAUAACCCGCUGGUCAGCGCCAGCCAAUCGCAGUCCAUUAACAUCAAGCCUUCCUCCAUCCAAUCACAGACAGUGUCGAAAGCAACUAUUACCAGGAGCAAAUCAGAAGGAUCGGGUGCAUAUGGUGCCACUGUAGAAAUGCCUGAUAUGACUCUGGAGGAAGCAGUGAAGAAACUGACACUCUCGGAUGAGAGCUCUCAGCUGUUGGGAGCUUCAUUCAUACAACACCAAACCUUCGCAGAAGACAAAGCCAAAGAGGAGGUUUGGCGGUUGGCGGGGAUUCCUGCUCUGAUUCAGUUGCUGAAAAGUGACAAUUUACAGUUGCAACAGACGGCCGCCUCUGCACUGCGCAACACAGUUUUUAAAGACACAAAUAAUAAGCUUGAGGUGGAAAAAUGUGAAGGAAUAGAAGCUAUUCUAACGUUGCUCAGAAACACCAACGUAGCAGAAACCCAGAAACAACUCACUGGUUUGUUGUGGAAUCUGUCCUCGGCUGAAGAGCUGAAGCCAGAGCUGAUCGAGAACGCCAUGCCCCUGCUUACAGAAAGCAUUUUGGUGCCUUACAGCUUUGAGACUGACAUCUACACCAGCAAACUCGUAGACCCAGAGGUCUUCUACAACACCACCGGCUGUUUCAGAAACCUCAGCUGCGCCAGCGAGAAGGAGAGGAUAUCUAUGAGGAACUGCACGGGACUUAUCGACUCUCUCGUGACUUAUGUUCAGACUCAUUUGGACAGAGGAGAUUCAGAUGAUAAGUCAGUGGAAAACUGUGUCUGCAUACUUCAUAACCUGAGCUACCAGCUGGAGAAAGAGGCUCCUGAUCACUUCCCAGCGUUCGCUACCCCUGACGUGAGCCCACAUGCGAACAAAAGCAGCCAGAGCAUCUUCAGCCCCAAGAGAACCAAGACUCAAAAGGUCAGCUUCCCAGCCAUGGAGGUGGAUAAGCCUAAAGGAGUGAAUUGGUUGUACCACCAGAAGUCCCUGCAGCUGUACCUGUCUCUGCUGAGCUGCAGUCAGAAAGAAGCCACUCUGGAGGCGUGCUGUGGAGCUCUGCAGAACCUCACAGCUUCAAAGAGCCCUGUGUCCACUGUGAUAAGUGAAACCAUCAUAGAGAAGCUGUAUGGCUUGCCUAUCAUUUCCCCUCUGCUGAAUUCUGCAAACUUGGGCCUACAGAAGACCGCCAUGUCCUUAGUGGGCAACAUAUCCCGGGUGGCAUCUCUACGGAGUGCUAUGGCCACGGAAAUUCUUCCCAGAGUCAGCUCUAUGGUCUCGUCUGUGACCCCGAAAAUGGUUGAAUCGGACAGCUCCAUCUCUACAGCGUGCCGCGUGAUGCACACACUCAUGAUGGCUGAGCCUAACGUUGGGAAGACGAUGUUGAACCAAAAACUCAUCGACUCUCUGAGCGCGCUGAGUUCAAAUGUAUUUUUCGAGAAAGCCAGAAAGGAUGCUGGAGUUCUUCUCUGGAGUUUGUGGAGAGAAAAGGACUUCCAGAAUGUGCUGAAAAAGCAAGGGAUGAACAAGGACACGUUUAAAAAUGCCGUCACUGCUACGGCGUACCAGGGGGUACAAGCACAUGAACGGAAACUGAGCGAUGUGCAGUCGAGGUCUCCUGGAGAGUACAGAGAGUAGCUGGAUUUGGGAAAAAUUUCCAGCCAAAGUGUAUUGCAAGGCUAAAUGGAUAUAGAUUUAAAGGGAAAGACGCCACGGCAUGUCUCUCCAAACCCAAAUGAUAUUCUUCCAUGGAACUAGAGGGCUGUCAAGUGCCAAAAAAGCAGAAAGAUCCAUAAAAUGAUCAAAAACGUGUCCGUAUGACUCGUGCGCUGCAUUCCAGGUGCUUUGUGUGAGGAACAGACUGUAAGUUAAAGGGAUAGUUCACCCAAAAAUGAAAAUCUUUUACUCAACCUUAUGAUGUUUCAAACAUAUUUGACUUACUUUAUUGUGUUGAAAACAAAAUAUAUUUUGAAGAAUAUUUGAAACCUAAUAGUUUUGUUUACCAUUGGUUUUCAUUGUAUUUUUAUGUCCAUAAAAUGGAAGUCAAUAGGAACCAAAACCACAGAAAAAAGAAAGUGGUGAGUAAAUGAAUGAGCUAUCCAACGCUAUCUCAUGAACAUUUCUUACAAGCGAGUAAAUUCUUAUGAAUUCGAACGACCUCACUCACUGGUAGGACAGGUAGGUUUAGGGGCGGGGUCAGGGGGUCAUUCAUACGAUUUCAUUUUAAACUCGUAAAAUGUGUACGAUUCAGCAAAAAUAGGACGAGUUCAUACAAGUGAGGUCAUAUGAAUUCCUACUUAUUAGUCACCUAGUAAAAUUGAUACAAAUUGCCGUUAGAUCGGGUUGAGCUAUCCCUUUAAAUGAAGCUGUUCACUAUUGUUUUUUUUUUAUUUAUUAAUUUAUUUUUUUUUGAACUUGACAUCCCCAAAUUGUGUAAAUUUGAUCCCCAAAUUUAAUCUCCCAUUCCAUUAGAAAACUGAGUGGAUGAUGUUUCAUCUUGUCGCUCUCUGCUAGUACAGGCCUGUUUAGUGCCUGUACACAGAUGUGCACUUUUACCAUGGGAAACAGUUCUUACACUUAGGCUUGACAAACUUGCACUACUGGUCCUGCAGAUUAAUGAGUCCGCUUUUCUUCUGAUGCUGCUUUCCUUCUCCUCCUCUAUUGUAAAUAUGUAUAAAUGCUGGGCAUAUUGGGAAAGGAAGCAGUAUUUUAAUGCAAUAUUUUACAGCAUAAUACAGUACACAAUGGUUAAAUCUUUUACAUUUUUGUGCAUUGAUGCCUGAUUCGGAUUUUAUUUUAUUUUUUACUUAGAAUUGUAGGAUAUAAACUCAAGUUAUUUCAAUAUCAAUUCUGAGUAAAAAAAGUUUAUAUAAAAGUUUAUAUCACAAUUCUGAUUUUAGAACUCUUUAUAUUUUUAGAGAUUUUAGAGACUUUAAAUCACACAAUUAUGAGAAAAAAAUUAAGAACUAUGAGAUUAAGUCGCAAUUACCGUUUUAUUUCAUGGCAGAAACGAGCUUCCAUAGUAUGAAAACAAUGUAAAAGCAUUUAAACAAACAAACAAAAAAAAACACUUUCAAUUCCCAACGGAACAUGACCAUCCGUCAACGUUGAAAUGUGGUUGAAAUGAAGUCAGAUGUUGUUUUAAUAAAAAUAAU